AUGACUAAUACACUUCCUCCCAUUAUUUUUUUGGAUGGAAUAUCUGCAUUGUCAAGACAAAAUGAUCCACUAAAUACAGCUGCAUGUGAGUGGGUCAAAAAGAUUGUUGAGUCUCAAAUUCCAAUUUAUUUGCACUUAAUUUUGCCAGGAAUCAUUGAAUCCGAUUCUAAUGACAUUGAAAACAUUGUUAUUGCAUUCUCCUUUUCUACUUCUUCAGAAUCUUCAACUUUAAUUCUUAAUGUUUCUAAAAAAUUUUCUCCACUAUUGUUUGUGCAUGAGCCAUUUACACAAUUACGCGAAUACUUAGAAGAUAGGAAAUACAUUAAGUAUGUUUUAAAUGUUAAAGAAGCUCAAAAAACUUUUAAUACUAUCAGAGAUCAUUUUAAAAUCAUUGUUAAUCCAUUCAAAUGCGUAUUAGAUGAAUCACAUAUGUGGAGUGAAUAUAUUUAUAAUGAAUCCGUACAAAAGAUAUUUCAAAACGAAUUAUCAAUUUUUAAAGGACAAAUUGAUAUGGAUGUGUUCAAAAGUAGCAUAUUUAACUUAAGUGUUACUAUUUCAAAUCCAAUGUUUUUAUCAAAAGAUGAAAAAGCAGUUUUCAUUGCUCUGUUUAAGAUUCUUUUUGCAAUAAUGGCUGAUAAAGUCAAUAGCAGUGCAAUCAAUUAA